CCUCCGCGCACGGGAAUGAUGUGUCCUACACACGCAAGGGAGAUGAAGCCGCCCACGACGAAAUGUUUCCUGCGGAUUCUUCUAAUGCUUUCUCUGUCUACUGGACCAGUAGGAUGCUUCAUCGUGAGCGGUGGCGGUGGUCGCUCAAGGAGCACUGCUCAGAGGCUUCGACCAAACCGUGGUGUCGACCGUCCAUUGCAGUCGGACUACGCAGGCACCAACGCGGCAGCACCCAUGGCGGUGCAUCCUGCUAGUAGGUCAGCUGGUGUGGUGGACUUGGGUGGGCAAAGGAGCGUGUCUACGUGGAGGAGGGCUGGAAGUGGCGUUGACAGGGCAUGCUGGCGAAAGAAGGGGGUUCGAUUAUUUGCGGCGGAGGGCGAGGGAGAAGAAGACGACGACGAGGCGGUAGCAGCAGCAGCACUGCGGGAGGGAGUGGACGACCGACAAAGGUCGGAAAAGGAGCUGGAGGUGGAGAAGAAUUACACACCGGAAGAGCGGGAGUUCGUGGAAUUUUUUUUCGCCGAGCACGAGGCGGCGGAGGAGCCUGAGAGGGACGAGGACGAGCUCGCCGUGUACGAUCACGGCUACAAGAUGUACGCGGGGGAAGGGGGCGCGAUCGAGAGCGAGUGGGACGCUGCGGUCGGCAAGGGUGAUAUCUGGGACCUUUCUCCGUACGAGGACUUCGACCCUAAGGUGCCCCCGGUACACUACAAGUACUCCAAUGAGGAUCUUCAGGCCAGCCUAACGAGCGAGGUGAACCCCUUCCCGCUGCACUCGGAGUGGGUAGACAGGGACAUCAAAGUGGCGAAUAUCGACGAGGAUAAAAAAGCGGCGAUCCAGCCAAUGAUGUCGGUAAUCGAGCAGGUGUGCCAGCUUAUCGACACUACGGACGACGUUUUUUCCUUCAAGGGGCCCCGUCCCCCGCGCCGGGGCUUCGGGGGAGGGGCCCGGGGGGGGGGGGGGGGGUCGAGCUUAUCUCUUCAACCAGACCAGAGAUAA